AUGUUAUACGCUGAGGUGGACGCGUCGACCGAACUUCAAAAAGAAAAAGAGACUUCAGCAAGGGAGUUGCAAUGGCUACUGAAUACGGAACUUCCUCCUGUAAUCCAAGACUUGGAAAAAGCAUUAAAGAAAUGUUACUCCAUGAUGAAAAACGAAAAUGAGGUAGAAUCGGUCAGGAGUACAUUAGCGAUAACAUCAUCAAACAGCGAUGCUUUGAAAGGAUAUAUCAUGUCAAGUGGAAGUAACAUCUACAAGGGGGAACUCCAAAUUAAACUUCCGAACUAUAAUCGCGGUAAUAUGGUCAAGGCGACUAUUAAUUCCGAGAAACCCUACUUCAUCGAUCAGCUGGGUGAUGCACAAAACUAUCUUGUUUUGACGUUGGAUCUAUUGGCGUCUUCUCAUUUGCCGUACACAAAACAAAGUGCGAUAGAGCUACUGAACGAUGUCAGUAAAUAUGUCAGCAAGAGUAGAUCCGCAUUGACCAACGUAAAUGAAGGAAACCUCUUCCCUUAUAAAAUAUGUGAAUCUCAAGUAUUCAAUUCAGCAUUACCAGAUGACCUUGCAGUAGAGUUUCACGUAGAAGGCGCGGAAAUUGUAACCAGUGUGUACGUACUACAGUAUCAUGCAUCCCUACCAUCUAAUAAACUCAACAUAUUGAGUGCACACAAGAAUCAUCACAAAUAUCAUAAAUACAAGGAUAUCUAUGUAACUAUCAUUGACGAAAUUGUCGUCCGCUCACUUGAUCCGAGUUUGGAAGAAAUUGGAGCAAAGCUGAAGGAAAUAGAGCAACAAUGUUUGUCUUGGAGAAAAAAGAUCACUGUGUUAUAA